AUGUCGAGCCGUAUAGAUUAUAUAAUUUCACCAUGGGAAGCCGAAGCAUAUGUACAAAAUUUACAAAUUUCACAACUUGAAGAUAUAGCUACGAAAGGAUGGUAUGAAUUUCAUAAAAGAUUAAUGUUAUUAAAUCAACAAAGCGUUUUAGAAAUUAAUGCUUUAAGAGAGGAGAGCAUCAAGGAAUUGUUCGUUUCUUACAAAAAGAUACCGAUUCUUAUAUACGAAGCUAUUCAAAUAGGAAUAUGGAAGCACAAAGUAUUUCCCCUUUUGCUAAAUAUAAAUACAGAGCCACAAAAUACAUUUAUGCUUUUUUCCAUAUUCUAUCAUGAAAACAUGUGUGUUUCCUUACUGGAAAAUGUGCUGUUUCACUGUGAAAGUGCAGAAACCAUUGAUGAUACAGUUCUUGAUCUUGUUGAUUAUACAGUUAAAUGCGUUUCCAUACUCCUAGAUAUAGAAGAUAUCGAAGUUUUCGAGAACGUAAAAAAUCCUAAUUCAUGCCUGGAAGAAAUAUUAGAAAGAAAAAAAGAACUUGAAUUUGAUAUUGGUGUGCGAUGCAUUUCAAUUCUCCGUUAUUUGGCAGAAUUCUCAGACGCUUUGCCACUUUGUGUUUUAUCCCGAAUGUUAUCUACGCACGAUGUACCCUAUCUUCUUGUUCAACUCAUUGAAAGUCACCCGUGGGCGAAAAAAAAUGCUGACGAUGAGGAUAUGAUAUAUGAUGGUGGCUGGAAGAAAGUAAAGUUAAAUGAAGAAGGAAAAAUUUCUAAAAUAGAGGGACAAGUUUGGAUCGGUUUACGAGAAUUAUUACUUAAUCCCAAGUGCGCGCCGUACUACGAAAUUACAGAUUUUAGAAUGUCUCAUUUGUUGAAGCUGCAGAAACAUUUACACGAAACUGUGUUGGAUCAAAUUUCUCCUUUACUGGAAUUGAAAAGAUGGUUAAGUUACUUGAGUGUAUCAUCAUCCCAGUCUAAAGCACCUCGGGCAUUAAAUGUUGAACUUAUACCACAGAUAAAAUUAUCAAUUAUGGAAAAGUAUCAUAAGAAAUGGAAAAAAUUAGCAAAACAUCAAUCAAAGUACAUAUUCACAACGGAUAAGGAAGAUGUUAAGAAUGCAGCACAAAUUUUAAGCGAUGCAUACGAUCUGGAUAAAUUAGACUGUAUCGAAACUAAAGAAUGUUUUUUAUGUCAGGAAACAGCACAAAAACGUUGCUCUAAAUGUAAAGGAGCUUGGUACUGUGGAAGAGAAUGUCAAGUGAAAGACUGGGCGAACCACAAAAUCAUAUGUGAUAAAAUAACAAAAAGUGAAGAAUGCAAACAGAAGGAUUAA